UAGCACGUGACACGCCUCCAAUGCGCCGUGAGCAGAAGCAACUUGGGCUCCACCGCAGACUCACAGAUCUUCCUCGGUAGCGGAUGAAGCAACUUCCAGCGAAUCAUUUGUUGCGGGUUCACUUUUUGUUCGGGUUACAGGCAGACCCUGCGAAACAGUUCUCGGCUCAUUGGAUUACAUUUAAGAGAAGCGGAUAGGAAAGUGACAUUCUCUUCUUUUGAAACACCGAACGCGCACUCGCCAGGGUGGUCUUCUCUUCCCAUGAAAGGACCACUGUGGCAGGUUUCUUCAAAAGCGUCAGUGUGAAGCUUUGACCGGUAAAAAGGAUGUCCUUGGACAACGUGAAUCAUCUACCUGACUUUUAAACUUGUUGCAUUUUCUCUAGAACAGAUCCGAUAGCGCGUUUCGGAUACUUUGUGCGUAACGGCAGAACAGCGAUUCAAAGUGGACUAUAACUGAUGAUCUGUGUGUAAAAACCUGCACUUUUGCAACAAAAUAUAUUUAUGAGGAGAUGUCCUUUCUGUUCGUGGCGGAUCUGUGAGCGCGAAACCUGCUUCAGUCUCACCGGGUCGCGCACAUUGGGUCAGCAUGGCAGCCGGAGUCGCCGCGUGGCUACCGUUUGCGCGCGCCGCGGCCAUAGGAUGGAUGCCCGUGGCGAGCACCCCGAUGCCGCCGCCUCCACGGGAAAAGAGGCGAGGUCAGGACGGCCUGAUUAUCUUAAACGUCAGCGGCACUAGGUUUCAAACUUGGCGGAAUACUUUGGAGAGGUACCCUGACACCUUACUAGGGAGCACGGAGCGCGACUUCUUCUUCCACGAGGAGUCCAACGAGUACUUUUUCGACCGCGACCCGGACAUCUUCAGGCACAUCCUCAACUUCUACCGAACCGGGAAGCUGCACUACCCUCGCCACGAGUGCAUCUCCGCCUAUGACGAGGAGCUGGCCUUCUUCGGCAUCAUUCCUGAGAUAAUAGGGGACUGCUGUUAUGAGGAGUACAAAGAUCGCAGGAGGGAGAACACGGAGAGGAUCCAAGACGAUGAGGAGAACGAAAACAGCAAGGACAUGGUGCCGCCGGAUAUGUCGUUCCGCGAGACCAUGUGGCGCGCGUUCGAGAACCCGCACACGAGCACCAUGGCGCUGGUGUUCUAUUACGUCACGGGAUUUUUCAUCGCCGUCUCCGUGAUGGCCAACGUGGUGGAGACGGUCCCGUGCCGCAGCGAGCAAAACCGGGCGAAGGAGGUGUCUUGCGGGGAGCGCUACGCCGUCGCGUUCUUCUGUCUGGAUACGGCCUGCGUCAUGAUCUUCACUGUUGAGUACCUGCUGCGUCUGAUCGCCGCGCCCAGCAGGUACAAGUUCGUCAAGAGUGUCAUGAGCAUCAUUGACGUGGUGGCCAUCAUGCCUUACUAUAUAGGCCUGGUCAUGGCAGACAACGAGGACGUAAGCGGGGCCUUCGUCACCCUCAGGGUCUUCAGGGUCUUUCGGAUUUUCAAAUUUUCGCGGCACUCCGCGGGACUGCGCAUCCUGGGGUACACGCUCAAGAGCUGCGCGUCCGAGCUGGGCUUCCUGCUCUUCUCGCUCACCAUGGCCAUCAUCAUCUUUGCCACCGUCAUGUUCUACGCAGAGAAGGGCUCCACCUCCAGCAAGUUCACCAGCAUACCGGCGGCUUUCUGGUACACCAUCGUCACCAUGACAACGCUCGGAUAUGGAGACAUGGUUCCUAAGACCAUCAUGGGGAAGAUCUUUGGCUCUAUUUGUUCUUUGAGUGGCGUGUUGGUGAUCGCCCUUCCCGUUCCUGUCAUCGUGUCCAAUUUCAGUCGGAUCUACCAUCAGAGUCAACGUGCAGAGAAGCGGCGUGCCCAAAAGAAAACCAGGCUUGCUAGAAUUCACGCAGCGAAGAGCGGUGGUGCUAACGCUUAUUUGCAGUACAAACGCAAUGGAAUGCUGUCGGACGCAGAGGAGGAGGCAUCGAAACAGGCGGGUCAAGCUUUGGUAUGUAAGACCAACCCCACUUUUGAGACCCAGCAUCACCAUCUCCUGCACUGCUUGGAGAAAACCACGAAUCAUGAGUUUGUGGAUGAGCAAACCUAUGAGACGAGCUGUAUGGAGGUUUCUCUAGCGAAGGCGUCAAUGUCGCGUUCUUCCUCGAUGUCUUCAUCUUCGCACGGUUUGUCUUCCUGCUGCACACGCAGAAACAAGCGCAAGAGCUUCAACGUCCCCAAUUCCAACAUGGUCGCCGGCCGCAGGGGCAGCAUACAGGAGCUCAGCACCAUCCAGAUCCGAGAGAGACCGGUUAACAACAGCCGCUCCAGUCUCAAUGCCAAGUUCGAGGAGACGGUACCCCUGAACUCGGAAGAGCAGUCCUACAUCACUGCCGCUGUCAUCAGCAUGCCUACCCCGCCCGUGACCACUCCCGAGAGUGGAGACCUGGGCAACUGUCCCGACUUCUUGCAAAGCAACAUCGUCCGAGUGUCAGCGUUAUAGACCAUGAGCACUAUCCUUUCUUUUUAUUUUUCGGCAAGGGGACGCUGCAGCGUAAAGGAUUGAUGGAGCCCCCUAGCGUAGUGGAGGAGGCAUUGCCGCAGGAUGAGCCGUAGCUGGACAUUUUUUUUAAUCAGCUCCCGUCCAGUGAGCUCCAUCAGCUCAACCUCUUGGCCCAUACGUCACGUGAGGAAAAUUAGAGGAAAACGAUGACCAUUAUGGUUGUUACCACUUCUAUGAUUUUUCAGUAUUGUGUGUCUUUGAAUUCGUUGUCUUCAAUUUGAUGGAAUUGCGAGAUAUUUAAGACGAAUAAGGAGUGUACCAGCAGGGGCGGGAUUUUACACACACUUUUGAUACUAAAAAAAGUAAAGCUGGGCUCUACUCGGGUGUGCGGUCGGAUGCUUUUGUGCGUGUGUGAUCGAGGCCGAUCUCUUGCAUGAUUUGCGUAAGUCUUUGUCUUUUUCCAAUUCGGCAUGAGCAAUAAGGUUUGGCUCUCUCUGUCAGAAUGUGCGUUUUACUUGUCAAUAAUUUGCCUCGUUAUGUUGUAUUGAUCUUUGGAACCCAACGAGUGUGUGAAAACCCAAUGAGAGAUUGGCCUGUUGAUACAGGUGACAAACGGAGACAAUCCGCUCUCUCACACAUGUCUGUCCCACCCAUGUUGUGUUCACUCCUUGCCUGGCCUGAUGGGAUGUUUGUUAUACUUCUCUUUUUGAGGAUGGGCACAAAGCAAAGCUAAAUGGAAAGGGAAAUGCCUUUUGUGUUUCAAUAGAUUUGACUUUCUCACACUGACAGUGGAGGCUUUUGGACUUGAGCUCAAAUACUAGCCAUUCCGUUUUAUACUCCAAAUUUUGCGAGUAAACUGUGAAAAAAAAAAAAAUUAUAACGUGCUUAUUUAUUAUCUUUGUUAAAAUUUAUUGUGCAUGUUGUCGUGGACAUGAAAAACGGGCCAGCCCGGACCAGAGCAUAGCCCGCCCAGAACUUUUUUUUUUUCCUUCCCUUCUUUGCCUUCCCUUUAAAGUGAUGUACUUUUAUCAGCAAACAUCCUUACCAAGUCCUGCUAUCAUUUCUGAUGAGACUUUGAGAAUCAUCCAAUCAGAUUCUUAGCGCUGUUUUAGGGCUGAUCACCCAAACACACCCAGCGAUCCAGAAUCUCACAAAAUCAUGUUCAGGUAUGUUUCACUCAAAAAUCUAAAGAAAAUAAAUUAUAUUUUGCAUACAAUUGUGUUAAAAAAUAAUAUAAAAACAUUUUAAUGACAGUCAAGCACACUUUACACAUUCUCAUGUAUUUCUCAUUCUCAGUGAGUAUAUUUGUUACUGUAAUACUUUUAAAGCUACUACAACAAAUGUGAAAUGCUUCAUAAUAACGAUUGUAAAAAUACUUCAAAAUCUAAAUGAUAUCAUUAGGGUAAUAAUUCUAAAAUAUUUUGCACUACAAUAAUGACAGAUUUGGGAGUGUAAGGUGCUUAAUUGUCAUUAAAAUAAUGCACAAAAUUGUGCAGAAUAUUAUCUGUGAGAUUUAUCCAAAUUGUAUUAUUAUUGAUUAUAGUAUUUAAAAAAGAAAAUUGUGCACCUGAAAUACGAAUGAUCUCUUCUCUGCCAUUUAAUGUCUGGACUGGAGUUAGCGAGAAAUUAGUCUAUAAUGUUGAUUAUUUUUAUACCAAUGUCAAUGCAAUUUGUUGAGUUGAGGAGCUCUUAAUGCACCUUGCUCAAUACACACAUAUACACACACCACUGCCCUCCUGCUCAAUGCCUGAACCCAUUCUUGCUUUACCAUGUAACUUAUGCAACAAGAUUCCUUUUGUAAAGAUAUGCUUUGUAUUAAAGGGGUUACUUGGGGAAUAGAAUCUCACAAAUGCAUAUUUUUAAAACUCAAAUGGUGUUGAUUAUAUAUUAUAAAUGUAUUUCAGUUGUAAAAUACACAAAAAAGAAAAGAAAAAAGACGAAAACAGAAAACUACGAGAGUGUUGCUAGUGCACCUGUGUUGUAAAUUUGUUCUUCGGUGUAGUGAAAUUUAUUACAGUUUCUUAAUUUCUCCUAAUUUCCAUGGACAGAAAAUUUGAUGUCUCACAGUUUGCUUUCAGGAUCGACGACGACAAAGGCUGGACCAUCUGUUUAGGUUUGAAUUUAUUUUUUCCUGUUUGGAGGGCAGAAUUUACGGAGUGCAUGUGCUCACAGACUCACAGACUCACUUUUUUUUUUCUUCUUCUUCUUCUUUUUUCAAGAUCCACAGGGGACUUUUAAAACAGACUUCCUGUUUGUGAUAUAAUGUACAUUUAAAUGACUACCAGGUGACGAUGGUCCUUUGGAAUUUGUUACAGCUUGUGUUAUGGACAUUAAAAUAUGACAUAUUGAAAAGCAAUGGAAAAAAAAUACAAAUCAGUUAUUUAGUCCGGUGCAGUGUCUAUGAAUAAAUAGAAUUAACUAAUUGUCCUAUUAAAAUACAGAUACAAAAUUA